AUGGCCGGGAGGACCUACCUAGCGCUGCGAAUAACGGCGCUGGUUGUCGGGUGUAUAGGCAUGGGCGUCGCAGGCUCCGUGUACGCCUUCAACGCCUAUGCCAUCGCCUUGAAGAAGACGUUCAGUUAUACACAGACGGAAAUUGAACUGCUCGCAUCCAUGGGUAAUUUCGGGAUCUCCUUGGGCUUUCCCGCUGGGUUCAUGGUGGAACGUCUUGGAGCUCGCUGGACGUCCUUGACCGCGCUAAUUCUGACGUCACUGGGAUCAUUCAUGCUGUACAGCACUACGUACCAAAAAGCGUUCUACAGUGACAGCGCUUGGCUGCAGGAUAUAUAUUUCUUUGUUAUGGGUUUUGGCGCCAUCUUCACCUACAUGGCCAGUAUGAUGACUAACAUCUCGAACUUCAGUCCCAAACACCGCGGGAAGGUGAUCGGGAUUCUUGAUGCCUCGUUCAGUUGCGGGCCGACGCUGGUAGCGCUGGUUUAUGGAACGCUAUUUACGAAUGGUCACGUGCACGACGACGAGCAAAAACAAAACUUGCGUGGAUUUUACCUCAUGAUGGCGCUGCUGUUUGCAACCGCAAAUCUUCUUGGAAUACUCUUUCUGUCUCAAUACGAAUACGAUGACCCAGAGGAAUCGCGUUUUGCUGUAAAUAGCGAUGGGAUCUUGGAAUCAUCUGAAAAGGUCAAAGAAAUCAAUCCUAAUCCAGAACCGGUUGAGGAAAUGACUGGUUUCAAGCUGCUGAAGUCUAUUGAUUAUCAGUUCUUGAUGUGGGCUUUCAUUAUCUGUUCCAGUCUACAGCUGAUGUUCCAGAACAAUAUUACGACAUACCUCAAAUCGUUUCGUAUGGAGGGCGCCAGCACGUUAUUCACGACAUUAAACUUCGCUGCGGGAACGGUGUCUAAAUUCGUCAUUGGAUAUCUCUCCGAUUCCAUAGUCCACCGGGUGCCUCGACCUGCUGUUGCCUUAAUCGCGAUGAUUUUUCAAACAGUUAGUUUGACUCUGUGCAUCUUUUUUGGAAAUUACUACAGCGUCUUGUUGGUUUCUGUGCUAUUUGUGGGUAUGCCGAACGGCGCCACAUGGUGUCUAACUCCUACAAUGACCAGCGAGUUCUUUGGGGUGAAAUAUUUCGGUCGGAACUGGGGAUUCAUGAUGCUGGGGACGGCAUUCGGGGGUCUGAUUCUCCAAAAGAUAUUUGGCGCUAUUUACGAAGAUCGGAUCAGAACACCGGGAGUAAAAGACUGCUUGGGACUCGGAUGUUUCCGAUAUAGUUUCGUGAUGGUCGCGGGUUUGAGCUUUUGUGCUGUCGUGUUGUACGUCGGACUUCUUGAAAGAAGGCUGCAACUGAGAAAAUAUGUUAAAGAGGACGAAGAAGUUCAAAGCAUUGCCGCUGAAAUUAAUGACAUUAUCCAGACUUAAUAUUGGGAGCAUUGGCGUCAGGGAAAGCAUUUUCAGAGAAAGCGAGGGAGAGGGAGAAAGUGGGGGAUUUUACUAAGGAAAUUUGUUAAGGAGGGCGAUGUAGUACAAACAAUUAUCCAGAACUAAUAGUAAUAGCACUGGCGUCAGGGAUAGCAUUUUCAGAACGUGUGCAGAAGAGGGAUAAUGUGUGUGUGGGGGGGGGGGGGGGGGGGAGAGAACAAACUCCCCAAAUGGAAACUGGAUUCGACACACGGUUUCAUACACACCCAUUAUAGAUAACACUGUUUGAGAUUUAUGGUGUCACAUAGCGAAAUCCAACGUGAGGGUGGUCGAUUUAAAUAUAUUUAAUUGACUGCUCCAUGGUGAUUACGAAAAUGCCAAAGCCAACCAUCCAUUGAACUGGACACUACCAAAACUGUCAGCGUUGUUUUAUUCUUCUCAGACGCACAUUUCUGCGAUUCCUUUUAGAUCCUGUUUACAAUCUAGGUCACAGUCAAAUACUUUGAAUAUGAAAUAAAUAACGUCCUUAAGGAAAUGAGAUUGCCGAAGUCACAGAGACAACGAACUAGGUUUAAAUUAUAUAUGGAACGUAUCACAUGUUGAUAACAAUGUUUACAAUGUAAUUAGAGAAAGAAUAAAUGAUAUAUUCAAGUAACAAUAUUACAGUAGAAUAAUGAAAUCUCCAAAGGGAAAUCUAUGUAAACACUUAUUUUCAAAUUACAAGAUCUUGUUAGAGAACCAUUGGACGUUCCUCAUUUAAAAGAAAUAACUAAAAUCAGAAUAUGUACACAUAAUUAAAUACAGAAUUUGGCAGGUAUAGAAAUAUUGAAGAUCACAGAGAAAAUUUAUACUAUGUGACAAAAAUAAAAUAGAAGACGAGUAUUAUUUUAUCAUCCAAUGUUCACGAUAUAAUAAUUUAAGAAUGGAAUUUAUUUUUAAAUAUUACCAUAGACGUCCAAGCGUUUUCAAACUUACCCAGCUAUUAGCGUCUGACAGUACUAAAGAUAUUAAUAAUCUCGAAAAAUAUUUAUUUAGUGCAAAUGCCGUUAGAGAUCAGCUAUUGGAGAAAAUUGGUUAAUAUUAACAUUACUUCUAUUUAUUUAAUAUAGUACUAAUCGUUUACAUCAGCACUGGCGUAGGAAGCGGGGAGAGGGGCAAGGGGGCAUGUGCCCCGCCCCCCUCUUUUCAGAUAUUUUGCUUUAUAUUUGUUUUAUAAUAGUGUAAAAUGUGUAACUAGAAAAGUGUCCCCCUCCCCUUUUUGGCACCUUCCUACACCACUAACAUGUAUAUUAAACAAACAAUACAUGUAUCUCUAAGUAGGCCUAUACUUAAUAAUGACUUGUAUGUAUUAAAUAAUAUAAGUCAAUAGAACCUUAAUUUAUUUAUUUAUUUUAAAUUAUUUGUUACUAAAUC